AUGAAUGGGCCAGUGGAUGGUUUAUGCGAUUACACGCUGGAUGAUGAAGGGGCAUUCAUGUUUACAUCAGAAUCGGUGGGAGAAGGACAUCCAGAUAAAAUCUGUGAUCAAAUCAGCGAUGCUGUACUAGACGCCCAUCUCAAACAGGAUCCAAAUGCCAAGGUUGCUUGUGAGACAGUAUGCAAGACAGGAAUGGUGUUGCUCUGUGGGGAAAUCACAUCUCGUGCUAUUGUGGAUUAUCAACGAGUUGUCCGAGAUGCAAUUAGACAUAUUGGCUAUGACGAUUCCGCUAAAGGCUUUGACUACAAAACCUGUAAUGUUUUAGUGGCACUGGAACAGCAAUCACCAGAUAUUGCCCAAGGUGUUCACCUACACAGGAAUGAAGAGGAUGUUGGUGCUGGAGAUCAGGGUUUGAUGUUUGGUUAUGCAACAGAUGAGACAGAAGAAUGCAUGCCUUUAACAAUUAUUCUUGCUCAUAAACUGAAUGCCAGGUUAGCAGAGCUGAGGCGUAGUGGAGAACUUCCAUGGCUGAGACCAGACUCUAAGACACAGGUCACUGUUCAGUAUAUCCAGCAGAAUGGAGCAGUCAUCCCGGUGCGUGUUCACACCAUUGUGAUAUCUGUGCAGCACGAUGAAACCAUUUCGCUGGAGAACAUGCGCAGAACCUUGCGGGAUCGUGUGAUCCAGGCUGUUGUCCCUGCAAAAUACUUGGAUGAGAAAACUAUUUAUCACCUUCAACCUAGUGGGCGUUUUGUUAUUGGAGGUCCUCAGGGUGAUGCUGGUGUUACUGGUCGAAAGAUCAUUGUGGAUACUUAUGGUGGCUGGGGAGCCCAUGGAGGUGGUGCUUUUUCUGGCAAGGACUACACAAAAGUGGACCGAUCAGCAGCGUACGCAGCCCGUUGGGUGGCCAAGUCUCUCGUGAAAGCUGGGCUCUGUCGCCGUGUUCUGGUUCAGGUUUCUUAUGCUAUUGGGGUUGCUCAUCCACUGUCCAUUUCACUAUUCACUUAUGGAACUUCCCAAAAAACAGAGAAAGAGCUGCUGGACAUUGUGCACAAAAACUUUGAUCUUCGGCCUGGAGUCAUUGUCAGGGAUUUGGACCUAAAAAAGCCCAUUUACCAGAAGACUGCAUGUUAUGGUCACUUUGGAAGAAAUGAAUUCUCAUGGGAGGUGCCUAAAAAGCUUGUAUUUUGA